AUGAGAGCAAGUGCUUUUUUCUGCCUCCUUUUUGGAGCUACUCAAGCUCAGAGCUUUGACGGUGUUGCGCUGCUCAACGUCACCCAGAUUCUCCUCAAAGGCCAGUUGGUGGGGGUAGAGCUUUUAAGCCAAUUCGAUGACUUCCAAAACGCUUACGAAAAUGCAAUGGAAGUGCUUGCUAGCAAUGAUAGCGUUGUUGUCAAAGGAGAUGAGCUUGUCAAGAUCAUUUUUGAUCAGGUCGACAACUUCCUUCAGGACAUUAAAAGAAAAGUGGUCGACAAAAUCGUGGAAAUUGGAAACCAAUGCUGCUGGACAUUUGAUUCUCCCACUCAAUCGGUGGAGUCCUUUCUUGCUGGUUUGGGAAUAGAGGUUGAUUUUUGCGGCACGUUUCUAACAACGGAGGGUUUAGAAACUCUCCGUGGACAGUUGGAUUACUUUGGCGACUCACUCAAAAUCUACUUGGAUCUGUUCCUUGUCUUCCAGUUCUAA